AUAGGAAAUGUCUGAUGUGGAGUUGAAAUACGAGUACCCCCUCCACGUGGCUGAUCCCGAAAACCUUACAAUACGUCAGCAGGUGGAAGUCAAUAAACGACAAAAUGAGGCGGAUCGUAUUAAGAAAAUGAUAUCUAAGAGGGAUGCACUUAUAGAAAAACUCAGGGUUCUGGAUGAAGACAUCAAAAACGAGGUCGCACGAAUGAAUGCUCGUCGUGAGGCCUAUGAUAAUGAAAUUGCAAUAAAAAUGAGACGCGAAGGUGCCAACCUUAAUAUAAGAAAGCGAAAAUUAAUUGAAAAUGACAAUCGCUUGGACAAUGAAGCCGACGUCAUUGGCAAAAAGUCUCGAGCGUUGGAAAAGCAAAAUGUCAUUGUCCAACCCUCCGCAAUCGCAACUCCUCAACCUGCUGUCACUCCGGAGUUUACUACUCCAACAUCUGAUGAUCCAUCAGCUGAAUUUGAAAAACUUUCAGUCCACUCAAACGGAUCAUCUAAUUAAACUAAUCUUUAACUUAAAUAAAUAAUUAUAUCAUU